ACAAAAACAUUCCUUACUGGGUAGUGACAUAUACCACAACCACAUAAAUAUAACAAAAUUAAAAGAUUUUGCAAAGAAAAAUGUCUUACUCUUACGUUGAAUUGGAUUUUGACAAUCCCUCAAAGUACACAAUACCCCUGAAUAAGUAUCGGAAGAGGACGCAGAAGAGCACGAAGGAGCAACACUACACCUAUGUUUGCUUCCUGGAAAAGCAUCCCAGACUCUGGGAACCUUCUCACAAGAAGUACGAUCACAUGUGGAAUAAAUUGACAGAGAUUCUAAAUACGAAAGGUCCACGGAAGACUGUGGAUCAAUGGCAGACAAAUCUCCGGGAUUGGCGGUAUUCGGUUACAUUUAAGUACAGGAAGUACAAGAAACUUGGAAAGCCAAUUGCCGAUAUGGAAAUGAAGUUGUUGCAAAUUCUCGGAGUACUUGAAGAUGAAAAGUACAAGAGAAGAUUGUCAUCGUUUGAGCACAGCUCUCAGAAUGGGCAGGAGUUCACUUUAGAAGAUGAUGAGAUGUCUGGAGAUCCUCUCCUUGAGGAAGUAGGGAACGAUGAGGACACAGAAGCAAAUGAGGAGAGCGCCAUGGAUGCAACUGAUAGUGCUGCUGAUAUAUCUUCAGUGUGGUUUCCAGAGGUUAAGAAGGAAAUCACUUUGGAGACUCCAUCAGAGAGAGAUAUCCUCGAAGAUGCACAACCAGCACAAUCUGCUGAUAGACUCCAACAUGUGCGAUGGACAGAUAGGAGCAUUAGAGAUCUCCUGAACUUUGUAAAGAUGACACUUGAGCAGUUUGAGCAACCAAAUCCACGAACAUACUACCGCAACUACCUGCAACGUGAACCACCAAUUGAGCAGUUUAUUGGUGACAAUUGGCAAGCUGUUCAGUUGAAGAUGAACUCCUUCCGACAGCAGUACAUGCAGACACAGUCGUUGAUCAAACAGAAAUUCGGAAUCACAGCAACAUACAACAACUUAUCGCAAGGAUCGAGAGUACAAAUCCUAACUAAAUGUCCCUACUUUUUCGACUUGGACAAAAUAUUCGGCAAGAAGGAUCAAUCUGCGCAGGAAACCAGACAAGGAGACAGAGGGAAACUUCCGGGAGAUGAAUUUAAGCUCUCCCUGCCAUCGCAGAUAACCGUUCGCAAUAUCAAACCAAAACAGCACACAAGUCCAUCUCCAGGACCAUCUAGAACUCCUCCAAGCUCAGCUUCACAGCCAAAUGCAACAAAAGAUCUGCAGAGAACACUAGAACUGGAGCGACUUGACAUUGAAAUUCGACGUUUUGAACUAGAGAAGAAACGCUACGAGCAGGAGAAGGAAAUGGAGCGUCAGAAAUUCAUCUUUGAAUGCGAAAUGAGGAAGGAAGAGAUGAAAUUGCGAAAGAAGGAAUUAGAGAAUAAACGACGUGAAGUUGAGAAUAUGAUGCAGAUUGAGAAUCAACGCGUGGAGCAGGAAGAACGAAUUGAACGGUACAGGAUUCAGAUGGAAACUUGGAAAAUCAUGAAGAAGCAGGAGGAUAAUUUGGAUUCUGAUGAGAGUUUCGAUGAGGCCAUGAGUCCUGAAAGUUUUGACAAUUCUUCCUCAUGUGAAUCGGGGGAAGAUGCUGAACCACCCGCAAAAGUGGCGAAAGUUCAAAUGGCAAAACCUCAAUUGAGUGACAUGAAGAAGUUUCUGAAGUACCUCAAGGAUUAUCCUUAUGCAUCUGAAGGAUCUGAAAACAAGGAGGCCUCAUACGAAGCAUACUACACGAGAUUUCUGGAAACUUAUCCGGAUAUUAAUGACACCUGGCAGGUUCUUCAUCGUAGGGUUACAGGUAUGCGGCAUCAGUAUGACCUUACAAAGAAGUGGCUACAGGAGAAUGCGGCGGAUUUUGAUGAGAAUGUAAUUGAAAAAGAGGUUAAACUCCGAUGUCCGUUUUUCUAUGAAUUGGAUGAGGUAUUCAGGGAUAAAAACUUCCCAGGCCCGGAGAUGGAAGAAGGAACGAACGUACCAAAGGCAGAUGAUUCAGUGCGAGAAAAUAGGCCGAAGGUGACGCAAUUUCCUACGCUAUUUCCGACCCGGAUGGAUGAUAUAGAUAGCAGGAGGUUGCAACUCGAAAGGCAGAAGCUUCACUUUGAGACUGUCGUACUAAAGCAAAAUACAUCUUUGGCACAAGAAAAAUUCACAUUUGAAUGUGAAAUGAAGAAGAAGGAACUUGAAUUGAGGGAUUUCCAGAUUGAAACUGAGAGGAUGCAAAUAGAAAAAUCAAUGGAGGUACAAAAGAUGCGCCUGAAAAUGGAGGAAAAGCUCAAGAUGUACCGCAUUGAGAUGGAAAAGAAGGUUCGCGGAAAUGUGAAGGAAAAUUAAAUUUCCUUUUUUUUCAUGUUUCGAAAGGAAGUUUUAAGUUUUAAUUGAGUUUUAUAAUAAAAAUAAAUCAUACAUGAAGUUGA